ACAUUUUGCACACAAUAUAGACUUUUCUAUCAAAUCAUCGAUUCAUUCAUUCAGUGAUUAAAAUUCAUUGAAUUUAUUAUACAAUUAAAGUCCAGGACUUAAAGCAAACGGCGAAACGAUGUCCGCGGAUGUGGUCUAUGAUGGAGGAAGGCUUGUGAAGAUGGAAGUGGACUACAGUAAUACUGUGGACGAGAAGAUACCUCUGUGUCAGAAAUUGGCCAAAGAGGGCAAACUGUCGGAAGCGUUGGAUGUGUUGCUGGCGCUCGAGAAACAGACCCGAACUGGUUCGGACACACACUCGACCUCAAGAGUAUUGGUGGCUAUCGUUAAACUAUGCUUUGAGGCCAAGAACUGGAAGCUAUUGAACGACAACAUAGUGUUGUUGAGCAAAAGGAGGUCUCAGAUCAAGCAAUCGAUCACUAAAAUGAUCGAAGAGUGUUGUAGUUAUGUGGACACCAUUGACGACAAGAAGAUCCAAUUGGAAUAUAUCGACACUUUGAGGACAGUCACCGCCGGAAAGAUCUACGUGGAGGUCGAGAGGGCACGACUGACGCUGAAGUUGGCGCUCAUGAAGGAGAACGAGGGACGGAUGGAAGAGGCGGCUGAUAUUCUUCAGGAACUACAGGUGGAAACGUUCGGCUCAAUGGAGAAGAAAGAGAAAGUGGAGCUUAUAUUAGAACAGAUGCGCUUCUGUCUGGCGAAGAAGGACUUCGUGCGGACACAGAUCAUCAGCAAAAAGAUUCAGACCAAGUAUUUCGAGGACCCGACGGUACAGGAGUUGAAGUUCAAGUACUACGAGUUGAUGAUAGAGUUGGAUCAGAACGAGAGCUCCUAUCUGUCCAUUUGUAAGCACUAUUUGGCGAUAUUUAACUCACCGGCGGUUCAGGAGAACGUCGAUAAGCGGACUAAUAUCAUGAAGAAGUGUGUGGUUUAUAUAAUACUCGCGCCGUUCGAUAACCUGCAGAACGAUCUGAUCAAUCGCGUGAAGAGCGAGAAGGUAUUGCAAGACAUUCCCCGCUUUCUCAAUAUACUGAAACUGUUCACCAAAUGGGAACUCAUUGAUUGGCGCGGAAUCGAAGCGCCGCUCAUCGAACUGCUCCGAACCGGUGGCCCAGACCUCGAGGCGCAGACAACCGGUGUGUUUGAUAAGACAGAGGCCGGCAAUAAACGGUGGACUGACUUGAAGAACCGAGUGGUCGAACAUAACAUUAGAGUUAUGUCUAAAUAUUACAGUCGUUUGCGAUUACAGCGAAUGGCAGAACUUCUUGGACUGACUAUAAAGGAGACUGAGGACGCGUUGAGUACAUUAGUGGUGAGCAAAACCAUUUGGGCAAAAGUGGACCGAUCGGUGUCUGUCGUGAACUUCGCCGCCCAGAAGGACCCGAACCAAGUGCUGAACGACUGGUCCCGAGACCUGAACUCAUUGAUGCAAUUGGUCGGCAAAACCAAUCAUCUGAUCAACAAAGAGGAGAUGAUUCACCAAAACUAUACGCCAACGCCAGUGGAUUCUGCCAAUUGA